UAGAGUCGGGGUAAGGCCGGUUUCAGGUCCGCGCGGUUUCGCGCCACAUUCCAGCCCAAGGUUAACGGUUACAUGGUAACGGUUUUUCAUCAUGGGCUGUGCGAUUUCCUGCAACACCUCGUCGCCUCCGGACAGUCCUUUCCGCUCGUACGUGACGCCCAGAUUGGUGACCCAGCUGGUGGAGCUCGCCUCGCCGGUAGAACAGUUGCAGCCGUCGGUCUCGGCGACCACAGAUGAGGACGAGGAGGACAGAGACGUGGACAGAGGUGUGCCUGAUGGGAGGGAGGGGAACACCAGUCGGUGUUCCGUGCGAACCUUUCAAUCGCUACUGGAAAGGGGACAGCGGGCCGGAUCAGGUGCCCGCUGCACGUUACACGUCCCUCACCAGACAUCCACCGACUCGGAGGUGACCGUGUAUUCCGAGUGGAGCGUGUGCACCAUGGCGGGCAACGAGUGGAACACAGGAGACGAUGAUGACGACGAUCUUCGCGCCAGCAGCCUAACCAGGCAGGAGAUGGCGGGAAAAGUUCUCCUGUAUUGAGUGGGACAUCUUUGUUUUCUUUCAUUAGGUUACUUCUUAAAAGUUGUGCUGUAAACUCGUUGAAUUUGCGGCACUGUCAAAACAAGGAACCGGGAUUUUAGACUUCCAAGAAGUGUUCUGGGCACAUGGGAGACAUAGAAUGUACGACGUAAGUCAUGGUUAAUGUUUCAUACCAUGAUUACACAAUACACAUUCCUGGCUACAUUACACCGUAUGGUACUACCCAGGGCAUACCGGGUCACAACCCUGUCAAUCAUAUGAAAGCCAAUCUCCGCCCACUCACUUCUGAUCAUUGCUGCUGAGGACGAGAUACAUACAUGUACAAAUUCCCCCUCCCCUAAACGAACGUUGCCCAAAACAAUACUUCCGUCCAUAGAAGUCAGUAGCUGUAGCUGUUCAGUAAAACAUGAGGAUUUUUGGUGCUGUUGGCACAUGUACAUGUACAUUAAUUUUGUGUAUAUCUGUCUACUGAUUGAAGACACCUUUCGAGUAUGCUGAAAAAGCAAGUAAAUACAAAGACAAUAUGCUACAUGUCAAACUUUCAUGCUAAGGAAACAAACAAAUAGUUGCACAAAACUAUCAGACACAAGAGAGAUUUCUAGUGCUGAGCCUCUCUGAAGUACAGAAUGUAGUUCAAAUAUGCAAUACUGACUUAGAGAUUCAAACAUUAAAAUGGUACUGUAAAUCAUGAAACUUUCAUGGUGAUGUUAUAUAGUGGAAGCAGGGAAAGGGAGAUUUUUUCAGUGCUUACUAAACAUUUUGUAUGCAGUUACAACAAUUCUGCAGUACAGUAGUCAUACAAGGACAUAACUAUGGCGUUAUGAAUGCACGGUGGAGAGGUCAUCAUGACAAAAAAUUAAAACCAAUGUGAAAGUUUUACGAUUACAGUACUCAUGACUAAUGUUUGUAGACUCAUAAACUUCUGGUUUGUAUCAUUAUAGCUUUUAAAAUAUCAUCAGUAACUGAACGUCUUGUUUUAUAUAUUUUUUGUCUUUAUAUUCUAUCAUGUAUUUCCCCUGCUGAAUAUGUUUUGAAUAAAUUGCUGAUGUUUGUCAUAUGUUUGCUGAAGACAAAAAUUUUUUGCGAGUCAGUCUCUUUAUCUCUCUGUGGAUAGAAGGAAUUUUUCAGUUUGACUGAACUUUCGUGGCACAAGCUGUUCAAAGUCAGUAAAAUGUAACUUCUGUACCAAGUGUUGUGGGUUUGAUUCCCGUUGUGUUUUAAUUAAGAUUCAACCAUACUACAUUGUAUCAGUAUUUCACUUGUUUCUGUAACUUUACAGUCCUUCCUUUAUCAAUUUCUAUCUGUUAAGGCAUAUAUAUACAAUGUACUUAAAAGUUUGUAUAGUUUAUCCUUCCUUCAGCAUUAAAUAAAAAGGAUGAAAACCUGCAAAAUUGCGCUGUCUUGUUAGGCCACACCAAGUAAAUUUUAUGGAUAACGUCCGCGCGCGCAUAGAUUUUGGCCUGUUCCUAGAAAAAAAAACAAGA